AUGAACUAUUUCCCUUGUCCCACUCAUAAUGGACACAUGCUUUCCAUUGUAUGCGCUGAUAAAUAAUGCAAUGAAACUUUAUUGAUUUGUCCCCUUUGUGAACAUGCAGAACAUCAGAACCAUCAAACCUUGCCUCUCAAAAUCAUGUUGCAAUCAGUUGAGUCUGCGAAUAAUAACACCAAUGAAUAAAGUGCUUAUAGCAUCUUAGACGUGUCUCUCUUUCUAGAUAGAUCACAUAGUGAGUGUUUGCGAACUGUCCAAAAAUUCAACGAGUCCUUGGAGAAUACUUCGAAGUAGUUAAUGAAGAAGGUUGACUCCUAUUACUUGGAUCUCAAAAAUUAACUUAAGGCUUUUGCCAAUUCAAAGAUCCCAUUAGAUUAUCUUCUAGACUUAGUCAACAGCUACACCGAUUUCCCGUAAUACAAAAAGAAUAUCCAAUAAAUUCUGGACUAAUUCGCAUUCAGCAAUGGAAUUGCUAGUAGGCAGAGUAUUGAUUCUGCAAUAAUGAAUGCAUGUAAAACUCAAUUCGGAUAGCUGAAUGACUAAUUGAUAGACUUGCAAAAUGAGUUUGAUGGAAAAGUCGAGAAUUUGGGCAAUUUGUUUAAAGCCCAACCAAUCGCUGCAGUUGAUUUAGCGCAAUCAAUUUCAUUUCAAUUCUCUCCUCAAUUUAAGGGUGCCAACAUAACAAUCUCAGGACAGAACUUGAUUGCUGAAUAAAAGACUUCUGAAUCCAAUGGACAGAGAUUUACUAUUUGUGAACCUUGCAUUCCAAGGAAUGGAGUCUACAAAUUUGGUUUCAAAGUAAUCAAAUAUGCUGGUUGGAUUGGAGUGGGUGUUUGCCAUAGAGAAGUGAUAGUGAGUGCUAAUUAUAAGUUCAAUUAUACGAAUAUUGGUCAUGGGUCUUAUCUCAUAUCGAACAAUUCGUACUCAUGGUCACACUUGUAGAAAGACUUGAAUUCAGCUCAUAAGUCAUUUGAUUUUGGAGUUGGAGACAUCAUCAUAAUUGAGGUUGAUAUCCCAAAAAAGAGAAUCACUUGGUAAAAGAAGAAAACAUUGACUAAAUUUACAAUGAAUUUGGACACUAUUUAAGAUUUAUAUCCCUGUGCUAAUCUGUGUAGUCCUGGAGAUACUGUGGAACUAAUAAACAAGAUUGAAGCUUGA